GUUCUACCAUUUUUUAUGAGAUCGUUUCUACCGUAUGCCACCUGCAGGAAUGAAACUCAUGAAGUAAUCAAGUACCUGGAGUAUUGUGUUCAUCGUUUACAAAAUGAGGAUCCUGGCGUUCACAAUCUGUUACUUUCCUUAUACGCCAAAAAGGAAGAUGAGAGUGCUCUUCUGCGUUUCCUAGAAUGCAAGGUUGGUAAAGGGCAGCCAGGUGGCCCUGAAUUCUUUUAUGAUCCCAAAUAUGCGCUUCGCCUUUGCCUCAAGGAAAAGAGAAUGCGAGCUUGUGUUCAUAUAUACAGCAUGAUGUCUAUGCAUGAAGAAGCAGUUGCUCUAGCACUACAGGUUGAUCCAGAGCUUGCGAUGGCUGAAGCAGACAAGGUUGAAGAUGAUGAGGACUUGAGGAAGAAGCUUUGGCUUAUGAUUGCUAAGCAUGUCAUUGAGCAGGAAAAAGGAACCAAAAGGGAGAAUAUAAGAAAGGCAAUUGCUUUUCUCAAGGAAACUGAUGGUCUAUUAAAGAUUGAGGACAUCUUACCCUUCUUCCCAGACUUUGCUCUAAUUGAUGACUUCAAGGAAGCAAUUUGCUCAUCCUUAGAGGAUUACAACGAGCAAAUUGAAAAAUUAAAGCAGGAGAUGAAUGAUGCAACUCGUGGUGCCGAUAACAUUAGAAAUGACAUCAGCGCUCUUGCUCAGCGAUAUACUGUCAUUGAUUGGGAUGAGCAAUGUGGGGUUUGUCGACGGAAAAUAUUAAAUGUGGGUGGUGAUUAUCGAAUGACUAGAGGUUAUAUGGUUGUUGGACCAAUGGCUCCCUUCUAUGUCUUUCCGUGUGGUCAUGCGUUUCAUGCACAAUGCCUGAUAGCUCAUGUGACUAGGUGUACUAAUCAAGCUCAAGCCGAAUACAUUCUGGAUCUGCAGAAGCAACUUACUUUACUUUGUGCUGAAUCUAAGAAUGUGUCAAAUGGUGGCUUGUCUGAAGAACCACUAGUUAGCGUGACUCCCAUGCAUAAGAUCCGGUCACAGCUGGAUGAUGCUGUAGCCAGUGAUUGCCCAUUUUGUGGUGACCUUAUGAUCCAGGAAAUUUCUUUGCCUUUCAUCCCUCCAGAAGAAGCAGAAGAAUCUGAAUCGUGGGAGAUAAAACCACAUAAUCAUCCUAGUCAGAGAAGCCUUUCCCUGGCUGUGUGAUUUUAUCAUCUGUUAUUGCAGGUUUCUCCCUGCAAUUGUUUGUUUUAGGUUUUCCCCAGAAAAAAAGGGGGACUUGUUUGAGGUGCUAAAAGAAUUGCUUGUUUGAGGGGGGCUAAAAGAUGCAAAAGGAAAAAAGAGACUUUAUCGUGAGACAAGAACAAGAGAGGCGCUUUACUAGUUGAAGAGAUAGAACUUCUUGGUGUGGGUGAGUGGUCGCAAGCUUGUUUGAGGUGCCAAAAAGAAUUGCUUGUUUGAAGUGCUAAUUUAUCAGGUUUGACAGUAAUUGUUGCAACAUGAAGCUAAUGCAAGCAACAGGGGCCUGUUGAUUGUAGGGGCAAUAAAUCGCCCAAGGAUAUUUCACGAAUCUGGGAAAAGCUUUUUCUUUUCUUCUUUUCCUCCUAUGUCUAUUGUAUCAUUUUGUGGUAAGACGUGUUCCUCCAAUUGUUGUAUUAUGAGUCAACUUUACUUUCUUCA